AGAGUGGAUUUUUGUUUGGAUGCAUAAAAGACUAAUUUAAAUUCAAAUGUGUACUGUGUAAAAAAUGUGGGUUCAAAAGGUCACCAAGAGGUCAAACCAAGGUCGCAUAUUUAUGUGAAUAAUGUCAACAGCGAUGUGUUGUUUUCAUGGUUUGUUCGCCCACAUGGGGUCAGGAGGGUCGUCGUUCUCACGCGAUGUCGUUGCCGUUUUAAAAACUGACAGAGCAGCAAAGAAUCGGAAACAAACCGUUUCUGUGAGUUCUGAUGACAGUUUAAACGAUCCGGAUGAAAUUGUUGAAAACUGGAACGAUUCUUCAUCUAAACCUCGCCUGUCAAUCACCGCUGAUGCGGAUGAGAAGAAAGAAGCUCCGAGAUUCGCUCGAGUCUCAACGAGGAUCAAAAACUCGAUGCGAGCUAUUAGAAGCAGUUUGUCAGAUUUAAGAGCUUCGACUACGAGUAUCAAUACUAACAAUAAUAAUACGAAAUCGUUUGAUGAUUCUGACAGCGAUUCAUCUGAUGACAGCGAAGAGGAAACGAUGAGACAGAUGAGGAAAACCGUUCGCCGUUCGUCAGCGAGGAAAAAUAAUGGAAGUUCAUCAGAUAUUAUAGAUGAUCAGCAGCCUUCAACUUCCAACAUAGACACAACAUUAAACACCAACCCUUCUACCCCAUCAAGUGGUGAAAAACAAAUGAACGAACAACAAACAGUUAUGGAUGGGACUUCCCCCAAUGAAGCACCAAAACAGAUGGAGAGCCCUGCAUCCCAUGUUUCAACCAAUGAUGGCAAGGAAUGGAACAUCGAUGAUUCGGAAAGUGUUUACAGUCGAGAACUCUCAUCUUCUCUUAUGGAGGAGGAUGAAGUUGCCGUAGCGAUCGCAGCUAAACCUUCACCACUAGAUGGCGAUAGUGUUGAUAUUUCAAUGGAAGACACAACUCCGAUAUCAGCGUGUGGAGUCAUUGAUAUUGCCGUUCAAUAUUCAAUAUCGGAUCGCAAACUUCAAAUCACGAUCAUCGAAGCCAAGGAGUUGCCAUCCAAGGAUAGAGGAGGGGCAAGCAUUAUACAGGUUCGAGCUGUUAUGUUACCAGCGAAGAGGAAACGAUACAAGACAAAGGUCCAGCACAUCAACUCUUCAAGGUUCGCUGAAACUUUUAAAGUUUCACAAGUUUCCCCCGAAGAACUUAGAAGACUUGGGUUGAGGGUUCGUUUGUAUGGGAUAGGGAAGGUACGGGAUCGUUUGAUUGGUGAAGCUACCGUGAGAUUCGACGAAUUAAAUCUCAUCAGAGACCCUCAGUUGACGGUGACUUUACAACUUGAACCAAGGACAGAUGUUAAUCGAGGAGAUCAACUUGAUGUGACAGGAUCGCAAGGUUACAUCGACACAUCAUCAGUUGCAACACUCGCACAUGGAGGUAGUCUACCAGAGUUAUUGUUGUCUUUGUCGUAUAAUGAGAUGACUGGCAGGUUGUGUGUUGAGGUCGUGAAAGGUUCACACUUCAGGAACUUGGCAAUGAGCAAGCCACCUGAUACAUUUGUGAAGUUAGUUUUGUUGAAUUCUUCGUGCCAAGAAAUGGCUCAAAGCAAAACAACAAUCCGUCGAUCACAACCUAACCCUGUGUUUAAGGAACCUUUCUAUUUUCAAGUUGCGCUGUUCCAACUUGUAGAAGUUUCACUCAUGGUGAGUGUUUAUUCAUCGAAAACAAUCAAGAAGAAAGAAAUGUUAGGAUGGAUAUCACUUGGUCAGAACAGCAGCAGUGAAGCAGAUGAGCAACACUGGCUUGAAAUGAAAGAAGCGAAGGGCAACACUGUUAGCAGAUGGCAUACUCUCAUUGAAUCUUAACCUUUUUACCUUUUAUUGCACAAAUACUGAAGCCUUGUAUCUUAAGAUUAUUUUAUAUAAACAGUUUUAAUGUUUUAUUUAUCUGGCAGGAUGUGGCUGUUACAUUACAUGCAGCAUGUUUGGAACUGCCACCUCAAUAAAACUAUUUCUUUUUCUUUUAUUAUUGUACAAAUUGCACAAGAUACCGAUUGAACAGACGAUCAAAAGUGGAUUUUACAAAUAAAAUAAUCUCAUCGUG